ACAUCACGGUGGGCCCGUCCACGGAACUGCCCGUUCGUGCCGAGAGACGGGCGGGGUAGGACGCAAUCCGCAUCCCGCGCAAGAAGCAGAGUGCCGGGAAAAAAAGGCCACCGUGCUCAGUGCAAUACCAUCCCUUCAUCAACUUCCCUCGUAAGCCUAGAUCCACCAACUACCGGAAAUCUGACACACGCUCCCAGUCCACACCACUUGAUCGGGAUCUGACCCACUCCUCCAAACCAAAUGCCAAAACUCCAUCUCUUGUUCUUUUUCUUCUUCUUUCAAACCCCGACCGCCUCCGUCUGCAAUCCUAAAAACCGCCCAAAACCUCACACUCUCCGCCAUGAUCAGCUCACUAUCCUCAUCAGUGGCUUCUCCGAAUCCCGCCUCCCUCUCCUCUACUCCCUCGCCUCCUCCUACGCAUCCUCUCCGUCCGUCGCCGCUGUACUCAUCCUCUGGUGCAACCCCCAAACCCUUUCCCAAACCCUAAACCAAUCCAUCCCGCUGUCUGUCCCCGGCGCUGCACCGAUCUCCAUCCAUCGCAGCUCCUCCUCCUCCCUCAACGCCCGAUUCUUCCCCCGGCGCUCCAUCCCCACCCGUGCCGUAGCCGUUUGCGACGACGACGUCGAGAUCGACCCUUCCUCCCUCGAUUUCUCCUUCAGGAUCUGGAGAUCCCAGCCCGACCGCCUCGUUGGCUUCUUCGCCCGGUCCCACGACUUCGAUCUGGCCCGGCGCACGUGGAUGUACACCGUCCAUCCCGACAAGUUCUCGAUCGUGCUGACCAAGUUCAUGAUCUUGGAUGUGGAUUAUCUGUGGAAGUACAGCUGCGGCGACGAUGGCGGUAAGAUGGAAGCGGCGAGGCAGGUAGUGGACGAGAUGCGGAAUUGCGAGGAUAUCUUGAUGAAUUUCGUCGUGGCAGAGCAGACAGGCGUGGGGCCCAUCUUGGUGGGAGGGAAGAAAGUGAGGGAUUGGGGAGAUACGAGGAACGAAGGAGAAGAGACGCUGAGAGAGGUGGGGCUGAGUACGAGGGAAGGGCAUAGGAAGAUGAGAGGGGAUUGUAUAAGGGAAUUCCACAAGGUGUUUGAGAAAAUGCCGCUCAAGUAUAGCUAUGGGAAGAUGGUGGGAGAGGUUGGAGAGCAAGGGCUGUGUGAGAAGGGUGGGAAGCUGGUUUUUUGUGACGAGCAGGUUGGGGAAUGAGAGGAGUGGAUUUUGUCUCUGUAAAUGGGUCCCACGAUUGUGUUAUACUGGCCUUUGAUCUGAUGGGGUGAGCUGAAGUGGAUGACCUUGCCCCCCAAAAGCCUCUUGAGCCAUUGCUACACUGGGCACGAGAGUUCUAUGCAGUUUCUUCCCGUAGUAUGGUGAUUGAGAGUGUUGAUCUGAUGGGCAUUCACCCCAAUUCUCACCAAUUCCUGCGAAAGCCAAUCAGAACGGGUAGCGUGUGAUCUAGAUGGAUUUGCAUGGUGUAUUUGGAGAUCUUUGGGGAUAUAUGAAGAGGAUUCUACUGUAAUACAGCUGGAGUGCAACAAGCGAGUGGUCGAGUGAAGAGUGAUCUUGCAUAAGCGGUUAGAAGACAUAUGGCAGGGGUAGAAACAAAUAGGGUUAAGAUGGAAUUCAGCAGAAUUUGUCUCAUACCAAUCCAAUCAAACCCAAUCUAUGUUUCAGUUACCCAUCAUUCACAUUCUUUAGUGAAAUCAUUUUACUUUUCUGCCAAUUAAUUACAUUUCUCAGUGUAAUCCUUCACUUUUGUAUGUUGUUUACAUUCCUUGGUGCAAUCCAUAGCAUUAAUCGAGUAGCUAAUAAUUUUAGCCGUAAUUUGGAUUUA